AUGUUCGGCAACGUUGGAUUUAUCGUCCAGAAGCCCGAUCGUAUUGGUUGGUGGAAUAAAAAUCUCCUCUUUGGGACUGGCAUCUGUGCUCAUGGCGAUAAGUCCAUUGCAAUUGGUGACGGUCUUCAAUCUGUCGAGCUCGUAAUACUUCAACGAUGUGACGUCGACAAUAGCAACCAGUUUGUCGUCAAUGUAGUAGCACUCAUGAACAGGUCCUUCAAUUGGAAGUCCUCUGAUGGUGGACAGCUUCUUGGUUCUCCAAGUGUUGAGACGUUCCCAAUACGAUUCCGGUCUCAAUUCGCCAUAUUCCAUGGGGAAAGAAGACUCGCAUAG